GGGCGGGGGCGGCGGCGCCUUCCCCGCGGCGCCGGGCACCAUGAUGGUGGGCAAGACCGGCGCCAUCGCCGCGGGCCUCUGCGGGGCCCUCUUCAUCGGCUACUGCAUCUACUUCGACCGCAAGAGGCGGAGCGACCCGAAUUUCAAGAACCGGCUGCGGGAGCGAAGGAAGAAACAGAAGCUUGCCAAAGAGAGAGCAGGGCUUUCCAAGCUGCCUGAUCUGAAAGAUGCUGAAGCUGUUCAGAAGUUUUUUCUUGAGGAGAUCCAGCUUGGGGAGGAACUACUAGCUCAAGGUGAAUAUGAGAAAGGUGUUGAUCACUUGACCAAUGCCAUUGCUGUGUGUGGACAGCCGCAGCAGCUACUACAAGUUCUACAGCAGACUCUUCCACCACCAGUGUUUCAAAUGCUUCUAACUAAGCUCCCUACAAUAAGCCAGAGAAUUGUAAGUGCACAGUGCUUGGCUGAAGAUGAUGUUGAAUGAGGUCACACAACAACAGGGGGAAAAAGUGUUUUCUUACCCCAGAAGAUGAGCAUCAGUAGGGGGAUAAAGGGGCAAACAUAGUAGUUAAUGGACUGUGUACCACAUCGGGUUCUACCAGAGUUAAAAUUAACUUUGUGUAGGUGGGUUUCACAGGAUUUUAUUUAUUAUCCCAGUGAAAAGUGUAUUUUGAUAAAAAUUCAUUUUAUAAAUACACUGUGUUGAGUUAUCAAAGUAUCACUAACUUCAUUAUUAUUAAAAUAUGCAGUUGUAAUGUUGUACAUAUAAAGACGUAAAGCUACAACCUAUUGAAAACCCAAUGCUCAUUUUUUGAAAAAAAAAAGAAAAAAGAAUUAAAGAAAAAAGUUAUGGCAAUAAAGAUUUAUCCACACUUGUGUGUCCCUAUAGUACUGCUUUAAAUGUCAGAACGUUUGGGUGUCAGAGCAGGGCAAAUGAUCUAAAAUAGCAUUUUAAAAAAACCAAAAGUGUUAUGACGGGUCUUCCAAUGCUUUUAGUUAAUUCAAAACCUCAUGUAAUCCCCUGAGAAAAUAGGCAUGUGAUCGUUUAAACAGUAACUGAUCACAUUAAAAAGAAAUGCAAAUCAGAAUGGUAAUAGGUGACUUAGCUGCUGGAGGAAUGAGAGAUCUGUUUGUCAGGAACAGUAACACCUGUAGUGAUGCAUGUCAAAACCAAAUCUGCCAAAAAGGAACUUCUGUUAAAGCACUUGUGUGAAGUAAAGCUGUUUAUAAUAGAACCUUGGGCAUAUUUUCGGAGCAUAAUGAUAUAUUUUUUUUGAAAGCGUUCAACCUUUUUGUAAAAUAAUUAACAUUUCAGUCUCUAAUUGUUAAGAUGGUAGAAAAUAUUUAGCAGUCUUUGGCAUUUGACUUGAUUGUUUUGGUGCCGAUUCAAAUUACAAAGGUAAGAUGAUGACAUCCCCAGGCUACACUAGCUGAAAGUGCUGGAAUUAGAAAGAAGUAAAAUAUCAGAAUGAGAGAAAACAAGGAAAAUAUAUUGACUUAAAUAUGUUUUCAGAAUUCUACUACUCAUUUUCCAUCAAUAGGGUAUUUUGAAUUUCAAUUUAGAGCAGACUAGUUUCUGCCAUUUUCUGUUUUUGUGCUAAGGCCACUCUCAUGGCAGAAAAAAAAAAAGCAAUUAAAAAAAAGCAAUUAACAGUGUGGCUUAAUGUUUUUGGCAUUAUGACUUGUUUCAGUUUCAUGAAAAGAAGAGAGAAGAAUGCUUUGGUCUAAUGGUUACAUUAAUUAAAUGUCUAAUUUGAUCUAAUGUUACAUUAAUAGAAAGGUACUAGAUGGCAUAGUCUGAGUAGAAGAGAGAGGCUCUGAAAGCACUCUGGCUAACGUUCCCAUAUAUCUUUCCCACUCCAGCCUGCUGUAUGUUUUUGUAAAGGCAGAUUCUUCCAAAACGGGACCAAAGUUCCAGAAAUUGCCUUUCAGAGUCUUUGAGAGGUUAAAUGGAAGGUUCAUGGUCACCCACUUGUUACAUACCAAAACUUGGGAGUACAAAUGGCUUUUGCUGAGUCCACCAGCUUGGACAAUUCUUUUUGCUGUGGAAGAGAAACUUCUCCACUAAUUCUUUGAAAAUACAGUUUCCCAAAGUUUGAGCUGCUGUUCAAUCUUUCUGUAGUGCAUAUUAAAGUUUAUAGCUGGUAGGAACAAAAUUUCUUGAACAGCUGACUAUAACUUGGUCCUUUUGUUGUUCAGGUGCCAUCAGGUAGAAGUAAAACUUAGCCAUCAUCUUCAGGUGACGAUGACUGGUUUCCUCUUUUAAUUUGAAUUAGAGAUAUAAAGUUAUUCUGCUAAUAAGAUAUUUAAUAAAAACACUGUGAAGUAGUAGAAGGUUCUGUGCUUAUGGGGUGCAGCUGGACUAUUUGGCGGACUUCGCCUUUUACAUUUUAAUUUUAAAGGUUUGGAAAAAUUCACAGAUUAUGCUGACAGAACUGCUCCCAUAUUUACCUGCUGUCCUUAGCGGUGGUGGCAAUUUCACUGUAAGAUCUUUUUGGCUCAUCUUUUAGCUUCUUAUGGUAGAUCAAGAUUCCUUAAAACUCAAAUGAUGUAAGGCACCCCUCCUUCAAGACUGAAUAUUUUUUUGUGCUCCUUGGUAUAAUGUUGCCACUUUGAAUUCAAAGUUUAGCUUACAACAGUGCUUUCCUGAACUAAGUGUUUUAGCAAAUCUUUCUGUCAGUUCCUUUGAUGGAAGACUUGGUGAUAGCCUGAUUGUAACUACGGAAGUUCAUUGCUUUAAUAGUUGUUAUAGGUACCCGUACUACUUUAAACCUUUUUAGUUUUCUUGAUCCUGAAAAACUAGAUCUGAAUGACAUUUUUAGACUGUGGAUUUAAAUGAAGCCUUAAGAAGUACCGAUAUUCUCAAAUUCUAUAAUCCUAAAGUACCUGGCUAGUAUGAUGAUGCAAGCUCUGAUACCUGAUUUGAGUGCCUUGGCUAAUAGGGUGGGAAUGCGGAAUCCUUUGAAUAAGACUGAUAUAUUUUAUUUUUUUUUUCCCAAAAAUCUAACAUAAAACUUUAUGAAAGGUGUCUAGGAUGGGAAUUUGAUGUUGCUCCAAUAAUGGCGAGCUCCUGCUGUUGUAGCUAGCAUGCACAGCCUACAGAUAUAAGAGGCUCUAACUUAAAACUUGUUUCAGACACAAGCAAAGGUGCAGGUCAUUGAAAGUGCAGUGGUAGUAAUGCAUCUUAUUGCAUCAGUAGUAGUAAUGCUGCUGCCUUAGCUGUAUACAGUACUGUAUUCCUUUUUACCUGUGCAAUUUAAAACAAGGUGGAAGUGAACUAUUCAGUUGUGGAUUUGCUGCUGGCAGUCUCACAGCUGCUGGUAAAUGACAUCUGUAAUUGUGCUUCGCUGCAGGUAAGGCUACUGUUUCUCUCAGAGCCAUCUUCUGCUCUGUAGUGCUCCAGGAAUGAGGCACUUGGUUUCAAUGCAUGUGACCACUCUGAGAAUUUCUCAUAAAGGAGGUCUGUUAAUUUUGUGUUAGGAAGUCUCCUGUCACCAGUUAUGAGUUUCUCUGACAGCUUUUAUAGAAAAAAAAAAAAACAAGCCAAAGCAAAAAAAAAUCCACCUAACAGCCUACAACCAACAGCUACUUUCAUGAUUGUACUUUCUUUCAUGUCUCACCAUUAAGUUUUUUAGAUAGCAGGAUCAAAUCCAAAACCAGAGUGAUCAGGCACACACUGAAUCAUCUGGCACUAAUUUCCUUACCCUGGGGUAUGACGGAAUAUUAUUUUUGCCCAUAACUUCAAAAAUGGAGAAGUCCCAGCCCUAGUCCUGCUGUGUAGGAGAUUAGCAAACCAUCAUCAAAGUAAAACUCGAGCUGUUCGUGCACCCAGAACAAUCUUUCUAAAGUUUCAUUUGUAUAUCUGUUGAUGGUGUGUUGAAAGUCCCUUAGGCUCAACAACGUGACCGUUGUGUUAAAAUUAAUAUGAGUUAAAUCUCAAGGGAGUCUUUGAAGUGGUCAGUAAGUGCUUUUAGUGUGUUUCAAAGGCAUGUUGGACGCUACGCCCAAGCUGAGUUUUUUGAACAAUGCAGGUAUGAAAAAGGUUGAUGUGAAGAAUAUAAUUUUGUCAAGGUUUCUGUUGUACCCAAAUCUUGGUUUGGUUUUCAGUUUGUGUGCUUACACUGACCAGUACAGAUCAUGUUCUUGUUUGGGGAAGGACUGAAAAAAACACCUGUCUGCGUAGCAGUCAUAUUUGACCACAAAUCUGUCUUGCAAAGAGCUGAAACAUGCUUAAUUCGUAAGGACAAGUAGCUUUUAGGCACUGCAGAGACUAAGCUUCUGAUGCAGGUAGCAAUACUUGCUCUCUGCAGUUGGACCAAAAUGAAGCUUCCCAAAGAUGUGGGCAUUCAGUGCUGUUCUCCUGUAACAUCCUGUGUGUGAAUGUGUGAAUGAAACCACAGAAAACAGCUGGCCCUUCUGUGAUAUUUCCGUACCAGGCUGCCCAGCCUACUAGAGCUAGGUAAUGUGCAGGUUCUUUCCAAGUGCAGUACUUUCUGUUUGUGCUUAAAAACAAAGUCAGGGUCUUCGUGUCCCUGAAAUAGGGCCUUACAGGUGCUACCCUAACAGAUUAUAUACUGUUUAUUAUUUAUUGUCAUUAGACAAGGUGACCACCCUCUGUGUUUCCUGAUCACUGCUGUAACCUAACAACCAUGAAUUCCUAAAGGCUUGUAUGCUCUAAGCUUUUGUCUUUAGAGGUGUAAUUCCAGUUCCUGGUUUGUGAAGGUCAGGCCUUGAUUUAAUGGCCUGAUAGAUAUGUGUCUUGGGGCUUUUACUCAUUUCCCUUGCACUCUGAGGAUGUCCUUGUAUCCUGGUCUUUGGGAUGAGGGUGUCAUUGGUGCUCACCCAUUCUGCUAUGGUCACUGAAUGGGGUGCUGCUGCUCCUAAAACAGUGUUGCUGCAGUGCAGCUUAUGUGGCUUUCAAGUAUCAGAUUUCUACUCUGCAUGGGGACAGGAAACAGCUGCUGCCAAGUAGUUCUGCCUCUUCACGACUUGGGCCCUUACAACUGUGAAAAACUGAUUUGGUCGUACUAUCAUUUAUUUGAGCAGGUCUUAAUCUAAACAGCAGAGGGCAGUUUUGCACAUCUGUUUUGUGCAAGCUCAUCCUGCAAAAUCCUAAUUUUCAGAAUCUUCACGUCUGGAAGGGUGUUGCAAUGCAGCAUUUUGUCCAAACAGAUUUGAUACAGUGUAUGAUAUGUGACCAGUGGGGGCAGCAGUGGCAUCUGUUUCUACUGACACCCAAUUUUGGCAUUUUAAAUCCUCACAUGUUUGUGGCGGUUAUAUAAUUACAGCCAUUUCCCUUCCCUUCCAUCCCUUAGCCCAAACCAGGUAUAUAGGGAAGCCACCUGCAUUGUGCCACUUAAACCAUGCCAGAAAAUGCAACUGCAUGUCAUUCCCUGACACAUCAGAGAAGGAUUCCCCCUGCCCAGAUGUGAUUUUUCUGGAUAAGCUGAGUGAAAUGAGAGCUGUCAGCUGCUGUAGGGGCGGAAGAGAAAUAUACGGCUUUAGCCUGGAGUUGGGGUUAACCACCUCCUUUUCCUCCCACCUCUCACCCCCCCCUUCCCCCACCCAAAAAAAAGCAAAAUGUUGGCAUUAGGGUGCAGUUUUGUUGCAAUCCUGUAGCUGAUGUGGAGGAGCUGGUAGGCUCUCCGAUGCCUAGGAGGCAGCUAUUUGUAGCAGAAUGGCACUCUGGCUUAAGACCAAAUCAUAACCACUCCUGUGCUUCUGAAGUGCUGUUUCUGUGCUUUGUGGUCAUGUUUGCAGGGGAAGGUAUAUGUUGGUACUGUAAGUGUAAAUGGAAGUGCUUGCCCCUGUAUUAUCCAUCAGCAAGCAUUUUUCUAGACAUUUCACUGGUUAUUAUGAAAUAUUUCAGAGUCUGCUUAAAGCAUAGCAAGUACCUAGAGAAAGUGAGCUGUUCAAUAAAAGAAGCCAUCUCUGCAAACCAAACUUUUCUCUCCUUAGGUCAAUCUGGAUGUGUUACACCCUCUAAGGUAGCCUGAAAGACAUAGAAAUUCGCUGUAACAAACAAAUUCUUGCCCGCUUUGGCAUGUAUGUAAAAGAGCAUUUCCUGGAGCUCUGGAACAACCUGAUUAGCAUCUUUUGUUGUAUUUAAAAUGUUUAAUUGGAAGUAAUGUACUUUCCGCUGUGAUGAUUAAAAUGACAAUGAUUAUUGCAUGAAUUUGUUAAUUAUAAUGCAAUGACUAAUUAAAUGGAGAAAUGGAGAAAAGGGAUUCCUGAGCAAGCAUGUUCUUUGAGAAAGUCUCUGCUGGUGUUUUUAAUUGAUAGUGCAUGUGUAAUCAGUUCAUACCAGUAUCUCGUUAUUGAUGGGAAUGGUGUUUGGUUCUGUUGGAAAUUUACUGUCAUGGCACAUUGACCUGGUGUUAUGCGAUUGCUUGGUCCUGUAAGUGAAGAAUACCAACUUGUAGAAUGAAGGAAAUGUAAGGCUUUGUAUAUAUAAUGAAGAGAAACUGCAACUAUUCCCAGGUUGUAGCCUCCAUGUUUAUUGAGUUCUUCCAGCUUGGGUGUUUGCUAUAAUGGCACUCAGCUCAAUUUGCAUAAAUAUGAGGGGUUGCUGUUUGCUUUUCAUUUGCUUUUAUCUCUCCAUCUAAAGUUCUGAGCAUUAACAUCAGGCCCCUUGGCUUAUGUUAGAAGUUGUCUGACAAAGCUACGAGCCCUUUUUCACUUCUCUGUUGGGAUGUCAUCUACCGGCCAUUGGCACUGGCAGAAUUCUUAGCAUGAAAAUGUUAUUAUUACUUCUGUGUCAGCAGAAAUGUAUGUGACACUGUGAAGAAUCUGUCAAGAGGGAGUCUGUGCCUCUGCAAGCUUACAGUCAGCGGUCCUGAUCCUGUAACUUACUCUGCACCGUCCCUUCCUUAGGGAAACCUAAGCUACCAAGAUCAGGACAUGGGGACAGUGAAACAGGAAGGAAGAAGGAGGGUGGUAAGAGAGCCUCCUUAUGCAUGGAGCAGAGAGGGACCACCAGAAGAGGAGGCUCUGGGAAAGUGGAAGGAUUUUCUUCUAGUUUUUCUUGGGGAAAAAGUGGAAGAUUGACAGACUGAGGUGAAGAUUUCUCAGUACCAAUUCUGGAUGGAAAAACAUCCUCUCUGGGAGCUGCAGAGUGCCGCAUCAGGGGUCCAGAUGCCCGGUGUAAAAUCAACAGAAGAGAUUUAUGCAAGCUGAGAGCAUACAGGAGGACUCAGCGUUGCGGGCCCUGUCCAUUUCAUGACGCACAGAGCUUCCUUCUCUGCUGCUCUGCAGGCAAGUGAUCUCUCCUCUACUUGGCUGACAGGGGCCCAGGUGAAUUCUGGAAUAUUCCAACCUGGAAAGGACUUUGAGUCCAAGCCCUGGCUCCACACAGGACCAUCCAAAAUCAAACUCUGUGUCUGAGAGCAUUGUCAAAAUAGUUAAUGAACUCCAAAGGACUGGGGCCAUGAUCACUGCUGUGGAGAGCCUGUUCCAGUGCCUGACCACGCACUGGUGAAGAACCUCUUCUUAAUAUUCUUCUUGAACUUCACAUGGUUGAUGAUUAUCCAGCCCUUUAAUUUGCUGAAAUUUCUCUGCAAGACCUCUCUGCAAUCAGGGGAGUCUACAGCAGUGCAUUCCAGACUUCAAGAUGCAUAUGGACGAUGCUUUCAGAAAAAUGGUUUGCAUUUUGGGUAGUCCUAUGUAGAGCCAAGAGUUGGACUCCAUGAUCCUUAUGGGGUUGUUCCAACUCAGGAUAUUGUAUGAUUCCGUGAUUCUGUUCUAAUUUAGUAUCAUCUGCAAGCCUACUUAAUAUGGAUUCGAGUUCUGUGUCCAGACCAUUUAUAAAAGCACUGAAGAGAACUGACUAAAAUGGAGCCCAGUGGAACCCUAUUAAUGACUGGCCACCAGCUUGAUGUAACCCCAUUUGCUGUAACACUUUGAGCCCGACCCAUGAGCCAAAUGUACACCUGUUGCAUUAUGUCUAGCUGGAUGCUGGACAUUUUGUCAAGAGGGAUACGGUGAAAAAGAGUAUUAAAAUCAUUGUUGAAAUCUAAAAGAUUACAUCAGCUGGCUUCCCUUGAUCAACAAGGUGGGUCACCUUGGCAUAAAAGGAAAUUAAGUUUGUUAAAGAGGACUUUCUCCUCAGGAACCUGAGUUGGUUAUGAUCAACAGCUGCAUUGCCUUUCAAGUGUUUUUCACUAAAUUCCAGAAUAAUCUUCUGCAUAAUUUUACCAGGCACUGAAGAGAGACUGACAGGCUUGUAAUUACCAGCAUCUUCUUGCUUACCCUUCUUGAAAACUGGGACAACAUUUGCCAGCUUCCAGUCAGCUGGGACUCAUGUGGCACGUGAAUCUCUGUUGCUUCUCCAAGGACACACCAAGAGCCUAUGAUAGAAAGAGGAACAAAAGCUCUCUCUCUGGUUCAGUGCUUCAACUGCACAAAUGUAAUUUAUCAAGAUGGUAUUUAGAUAGCCUUAGAUAAAAGAUACAUCAAAGCAUACUUUUGGCUGCUGCUCUCAGAAGUAGCAGUAAAUCUCCCAAGGGAAUGCAAGUAGUCAGAUAUGAUCCAAGUUAUCAAAAUGCUCCAUCUCUUCACUACCCCUCCUCCUCUCACUUUGGUUGAGUUGACAGGGAAGCCCUCUCUUGGGAUUGGUGCAUCAUCUAUUACCAUCAGUAGAUUUUAAUUCAGAAAUUUGUGUUCAUUCUUUUCCAGCAAAAUGCUAUUUCAACACUAAUUCUGAAGAACUUUAAUUUUGUAAAGGAUCCAAGAAGAAUAAUGUACCAACCAUUAUGUUUAUUUUGGCCACUGUGUCUAAGUGAUAUUAGCAUUUCUGAGAGGAUUCUUUCAUCAGUGAAUAAAGCUUUGUACCUGUGAGUAAGAUCUUGCUCAGAAGGUCCUGAGUGCUUCCUUUCCUCUAUCAACAAAGCUUACAAAUAUCAAGAGAUGGUUUUGCAAGGGAAGGUAGUGCACAUCCAUUAUUCAAGAUAAGAAAAAAGCUACUGGAAAAAUUCCGUGCCUAUUGCCAAAGGUGCAAUGAAAGCAGCACUAAAUUUAAAGAAAAACUCUUUAUUUUUUUUCAUGUGCCAUAUUAGUUUGUUUAAUUAAUUAGAGACCUGAAUAUAUAUGUAUUCAAAGUGGCUCCCCUAUUUUCUUUUGGUUUUGAUUUUUAAGCUAAAAUCCUACAAUACAACUUCAAGCACAGUGAUUAGUUCUCACUGUCACAGAAAGACAAGCAGACCUGCACUAGCAGUAACAACGACUGCUGAAAAUAUUUUGCUCUUUCCAGACCAUGACCUCUUCUGUGGAUGUCAGCAGAAUAAGCAUACUUUUAUAAAGUACCCUCAGAUCUUGCCUUCCCUCCUGCUGUUUUGUCACACUUCUUGCAAUUUGCCUUAAAUUACUUGCUUUCACACCAUGGUGCAUGGUGCUGUUUAUUUAAAAAAAGCAGUUUGUUUGCUCUGCACAGACCCACCUGGGAUGCAACAAGCAUUGGAAGUGGAUGGAUUUUCCUGCCCUGCGAGCAACUAGCUUUUUUCCCAUCAGUUUGCUACAGGUCUCUCAGUGAUGGAGGAAACACCCAUUUCUGACAGGAGGCUUUGACAAUUGCCACUGUCCAAAUUCACAUUUGAAAAAAGAUGACAUAUGUCUGGCAUCCAGUUUGCUUACAAGUGCCCCUUUCAUAUGGAAGAUGAUAGGACUAGAGGGAACAGCCUCAAGUUGCAUCGCUGGAGGUUCAGGUUGGAUAUUAGGAAAAAUUUCUUCUCCAAAAGAAAGGUGAGGUGCUGGAAUGGGCUGCCCAGGGAGGUAAUGGAGUCACCAUCCCUGCACGUGUUCAAGAAUGUGUCAAUGUGGUACUAAGGAACAUGGUUUGGUUGGGAAAUACUGGUUGGACUAGAUGACCUUGGUGGUCUUUUCCAACCGUGGUAAUUCUGUUAUUCUAUAAUACUUUGUGAGCAGCGAGUCUCAGCCAUCAUUUAUAUGGCAGAGGAAGAAAGAAAGUAUGAAUGCAAUGAGGGACCUAGGACCAUAGAAUCAUAGAAUUAUUAAAGUUGGAAAAGACCUCUAAGGUUAUCUAGUCCAACCAUCGACCUACUGCCAAUAUUGCCCUCUAAACCAGGUCCCUAAACUCACCCUACAUUUACAGCUCACUCUUCUAUGGGAAGUCCUCUCAGAGGGCUGUAAAUGUGAGGUGUCUCUCGAAGAGUUCUCUGCUGGAGCUUCUUACCACCCCCAUACACUGCUGGGAGGAGGUUUGGUUGAUGCUAAAGGAAAACUCUGUGGGCUAUCUUAAAAUGAGUGAGUGGCUGCUGAAGGGCUAGUAGUGUACACCAGGGAUGUCACUGUGAGCAGCCAAAGAGGAGGCAGCAUCUGCUCUGCCACAGAUAAACACUUCCCUACACCUAACCAGGGUGAUUUCCCUUCAAGCUGAGGUGUGAGGCCAGCUGUCUCUCACAUUAUUGCUUCCACAGUUGAGAUAAGGGUAUUAGGGGCACUGCCACCUAGGCAGGCAAUCUUUAACUGCAGCUGCAAGUUGCCUGUUCUAAUGACAACAAGCCUGGGUGGUGAGGAAGAGAAGACAGGUAGCAGCAUUGAUACUGCAUAAUGUAAUGUGAUAGCAGAUAUAAAUGUGACUCAUUCUAGCCAGAGGCUUUAGAAUAGGAAGUUGGAUAAAAGAUAUAGAAGCAAUGGGAUUUUUUUUUCCUUUUCAGCGAAGGUCACCGCCAGGAAUAGCAUGGGAAAUAAUUAAUGGAGGAAGAAAUAUUCUCCUUCAGAUGAGAAGUAUUGUCUUGUUCUGCAGUUCUGUUCCCAUACAGGGGGUCUGGUAACAAAGCCCAGCAUGCAGGGCUUUCUCCCUGGUGCUGCUGAUGGCACCGCCUGCUCCGUGCUCAUCCUGCAGAGAUGUGGGAGGCUGUGACUGAUACGCUGUGCCGGCAGCACCUCCAAGUGUAGACCACAAUGUGACCUGAAUGCUGUGCAGGAGCGUGGUGCUGCACUUUAAUUCCCUCACCUUGGAGUGGAAAUGGACUUGCUCUCAGAGCUCCCAUGCGACAGAGGAAAAACCUAUUACAGGAAAGCUACAAAGAGCAGAGACAGUCUCAGACCUGAGGGGAGAGGCCACUGCUCCACCUGGAUGCAUGCCAUGGAGGGACAUCAUGGGCCAGGAAAGGGUUCUUCUCUCUCAGGACCUCCUCCAGCACUUUGGCCUGGAGAUGAAGUACCCACAAGUCAGGAAGGCCUCCUGCUGUGGACAGUGAGGUCUCUGUUUCCAGAAGUUCUGUGAAGAACACUGUGGUGCACAGGAUCCUGCUCCCUACCAGCAUGGGAGGUUUCCAUCUGGAGCACCCAGACUUGUCCCCAUAGCCCCACUGCAGGUUCCUUGAGAGACUCUCUUCUUUCUUGCCUCUGCAUCUCCCCAGUGAUCAACCUCAUCUUGCAGUGGUGGCAGAGUGACAGGCUGUAAAGUAAGUCCAGCUGGAAAGAAGAUCAUUUUGUUGUCUUCUGUCCAACCUCAUUUUUCAGCACUGAAUGUCCAGUGGUGCACCCGUCUGAAACCUCCAAAUACCUGGAGAUUCCACACAGCAGUGAUAUUUUUUAAAAAUAGACCACCUAUUGUCCGUGCUACAUUUCUCUGCACCUUUUAGUCAAUAUCCCAGAUGAAAGAAACAAGCAGAAGAUUGAAAACAACUGAAGUCUCCACUCAAAUUUAGAUUCUGCAGAGAGCUCCUUCAUGCAGCUGGAGCUUUUAUGAAGUCUCCACACCAGUGGGUUUGCUCUUCACACGGUAUGUACUCAUCUCUCAUUGCACUGCAAUGAGUGCUGCAGAGCCACUCCUCAGCAGGUCCCUGGGGGUUGUGAUCAGAAUGCAUUGGCUGAGCAGCAUGGUUCUGUGGCUCUCUUCAGUCCCAGGCCUUUAUUCCUGCUUGACUCUCAAGUGGAAUUGCCCAUGAGAUAACUGCAUAUUUCAUACGAAAGGAGUAGUUUUUGUCCUUUCUCCACAUUUCCAUGGCCAAGCCUCACUUACUAUCUGUAAAAUUUUGCGCCCUCAGAACCUAAGCACUCAUUUCUGAGAAAGGAUUCCUGUUGUCCAGUUUCCACUGGAACACUUCUCUCAGUUGGCUGGCCAACUUCUCACACCUUGGCUUAAUGGAGGUGGAUCUCAAACCCUCUACUGCAAAAACAAAGAAUGAAAAAAUGCCCUUAAUUUAGCAUCCAAGCAGCUCCCCAUGGGCAGGAUCCAGGACCUAGGGCAGACAAAGUCAGGGAGAGGUGAACUUGGAAAUGGCAUGUGAGAUCCAUCACUGGUGGUGCAGGAAAGCUAGCAGGAUGCUUGUCUGGCUCUGCAGCCAGAGUCCUGCACGCAUUGCCUCCACAGGUGGGUGGUGCACGAGGAGACAUUCUGCUUAGAGGAAGCCUGGUCUUUCCUCACCUUUGACAUUUCUACGCAGUGAAAAAAGCUCUUGGCUGUUUUCCGGAAGCUAGGAUUCAAUGUUGUUUUUUUUUUUCUUCUUUUUCCACACAGACUAAACAUUCAUGUCAUAUCCUGUACAAGCAGUUGUUUCAAUAGCUGCCCUGACAAUGAAGGCACUUGGGCUUAAGUGGCGAAUUCUCUGUGACCAGAACUGCUCUUAAUGAACGAUUACACCUUUCAGUUCUUGGCUGGAGCUACCUGGACUGCAUGUCAGUCCACACAGCUGCUGUCUCCUCAAGGAGGAUGGGCUGACUGAGAGAUGAGGUUGGACCCUGCCCUCUGUGCUCUUACUUGUGCCUCCUGCACUGUGUGGUGGAGGGAAGUACAUGGGUUGGCAGCAGUGGGGAGAGCAGCAGGCACUUAUUCUGCAGGACAUCAGGAUGCCUGGAGCUUCUUGGGCUGCUUGUACUAAUUAUGGUGAACAGUAGUGCUGUGACUCUGUCCUGUACUUGCCCCUUCUCCUCUUCCGUUUGUGUGCCCAGGUCAGAGGGAUAAGGUGGAUGUGCUGCUGUUACCAGCUUGGUUCAGCUGGAGAAUGCUCUACAGAGCAAACCUUCUUGUUGUUCCCACAUAUUCUGCUUUGGGUUACGUCAUGGGGUGGUCUCAGAGUGCACAGGCUGGAUGCAUUGUGCAAGAAACCAAAAUGGAAGGUGCUCUACAGGAUCACACUGACUGUCUGCAGAGCCAUGCUGCAGUUAGCCCAAAGAAAACCUGUAACUGUAUGCUGAUGAUAUGGAUAUCAGGCCGUCAGCCCCAGUGCUGUGUGCCAGACUCAUGCCUACACCGGGCCUGCAGUCUCCGGCCACAGUGCUGCGGGUACCUCAGGGCUGAGAGCUGGUGGACAGGCACAGGGCAUGAUCCCAAGGCACAGCUGUUUCUCCUGGAGUUGGUACAUCAUGGGCAGUGGAGUUUUCAUCUGUGGAUCAGAUGGGGGUCAUCUUAAGCACUAAGUACAGAAAAUGGAGGCUGUUCUCAUUCUUGCUUGUCCUGAGGAGACUGUUUGUUGGUGUCUCCAUUUUGUGUUGUCUUUCCUCACACAGAUUUCCAAGGCCUCUGUUGUUCUGCAGUACAAGUUUCUACCUUUUCACUGACUUAAAUGAAGGAGCCCUUUGGAGAAUGAUGUUGCCUGGAUCUUAAAUACUCUGAAGCAUUUGAUCAUGAAUUUUGGAUGCGUUCAGGGCCAGAUUUGCUGAUUUACAAGGCUUAUAUUCCUGCUCUUCAAAAUUUGGGAACGUGGGGGUUUUGGGAGGACUGUAGAGGGGCUUGAUUCAGCUGGCAGUGACAUCAAGGUGGCUGUACACAGCAGCAUGCCUGCACAAGGCCUGGCCCUGCAGUCUCCAGCUGGGGUGGGCAGCCAUGGCUGGUGAUGAUUCAGUGCUGCUGAGCUGGGCAGUGUGUUCCCUCAGGGAUGUGCAAGGAGCAUGGGGUGGGGGGGAUGCAGCGGGCAAUGGGCUGAGACUGCUAUCCUGCAGAGCUGGUAGGACUAUUGAGGCUGUGGCAGGGCCUAGAAGGCUUCUGUGGGGCAUAAGAAGCACCAAAGCACUGCUGGCUGCAUUCCUCUGGGUAAGCAAGCUGUGUGUUGGGCUGGUGGAGCAAAGCUUCAUUCUGUCCCGUGGACCACUGUGGAAUUUUCAAGGCAACGUGGAUGGUGUGGAGAUGCCUGAGUAUGUGGGAUGGCUCUGAGACCUCCCCAGCAGCUGUGUCUGCUGCACUCAUGGCAGGUAUAACACUGCUUUAGCAGAGCUUUGCAUAAUUUCUUGAAGGGAAGGAUUUAGCAAGACAAGAAAAGAGGAAAUGCAAAUGUCUUCCUUUUAUUUUUAUUUUUUGGGUCGGGCAGCCAUACGCUCACGGUGCCUCCAUUCACUCCAGCAGCUGCAUAUGGUAGAUGCAGUGACCGGAAGCUGCGGUCCAGCUGUGUGUGUGUAGAUGAUGCAAAGUCUGGAAAAUAACAAACAUGAGCUCUCCAAGCAGGGGCAUGGCCGUUACUGCACGCGUGCUGUAAUUCAGGAACUAACAGAUGUCCCCAAGCUUCGUGCCUGGCCCAAAAGGGACAUAAGAAGGGAACUGGUUCAGGGUUUAUGCACAGCUGCGCGGAUCAGAUGACACUGUCAGCUGAAUCUGCCCCUAGCCAGUCCUCAUUUAUCAGAGCAGGAACCCUGACCUUUAUUUGGGCACAGAAAUACCAUCUUGGAAGGCUCUGCAAAGAGGGAGAGCAAGGGCCAUAAGAAUCCAAGGCAUUUCUGUAAAGAAGAGUCUGGUUACAGACUGAGAUAUGCAGCCCUCCAUAGCUGUAUGCUCCUCACUGGAGUUUGCCAGAAGCAGUCCCAAAGGAUGCUUUCCAGGGGCCAGGCUUGUGGAACAUUUAACAUUUCCACUUACGUUUAUCCGGGGUGACAAGCACUGCUACACACGAUGGUCUUGUUCCCAACUCUGCAAGGCGGGGGCUCAGACUUAUGGUAAUAAGAGGCUGUUUAGUGGCCAGCCCAAAAUGAGUUGGCAGCUGCCAUCAGGUCCUGUGUCAUGAAACCACUGUACAUUGGCAGCCUCAGUUCAACAGAACAAGCUGGGACAUUUUUCUCAGUCUUAUUUGGAACACAAAACCUGAGCUUGAGCUCUGCUUUCACAUGGCAUGGUGGCCGAAGAUAGCUCUGCAGAUCUGCAUGGCCAGGACUUGACCAUAUUUCAAAACACGGCUGAAAAGGGGAAGUGGAGAACCCCUGUGGAUUUCCUUUCCACCUCAUCUUCCCGGGUUGGGCAAAUGAUGCCUGGGACCGUUAUGGCUGCAGCUGAGAUCUGAACAUACAUGGCCAGGGCACUGAUGCCAUGAGACAGGGCACUAGGUCUUCUCCCAUUGGCCUCAGUGAGAUAGUGGAGGAAAAAUAGGCUGCAGCCUGGGUUGUACUGUAAGGUCUGACCAUGGGAGAAUGCUUUCUUUUAAGCAAAGGCGUUGCUUAGCAUUUACCUAUUCACAAAUAUUCUUCUUUCAAAGUCAUGGAAUCAUUACAGUUGGAAAAACCCCUUAAGAGCAUCUAGUCCAAUCAUCAACGCAUCACCACCAUGCCCACUAAACUGUGCCACAAAUCCAUAGGAUAACUUUCUUUUGCUAUUGUGUAAAGCAGCAGGGACUUUCCAUUUGCAGAAAGAAGGGAGCAUAGGUUGGUGGCUACAGCUCAGAAGUGCAGCUUGGAGAUAAAGCAUCCAUUAACCUGCAGGCACUGCCUUGCAGAGUUCUAAUUAUGGGCAGCUCUUAAUCCCUUGUGUUGUUUUUUUCCUAAAAUGCACUGAUACAGGCUGAGAACGAAUCCUGAAAGACAAGGCACUCAAGGGGACAUCAGCAGCCUCUCUGCAGAGCAGAGUGGUGUUGUGCAAUGCUUAUCUGAAGAAAUCUGCAAUUUGGAGUACAAGGAGUUUGUAUCAAGGCCAGGUCUACGGCAGUAGCCCCAUGGGAACUGUAGUUUCCCUCCCAAACAUGACUUGAUUCAAGACCUUGCUCUCAACCUUUGCAGCAAUUUGUGUACCCUCAAAUUUCAGUUUCAUAGUUUUAGAAAGCAGCACAAAAAGCCCCUCAGAAGAGCAGGUAGAGUGCCGCCAAGCUGCAUGGAUGGUCGCAAGGAAAUUGGUAGACUGGGAAAUGGACGAGGAGAAGGUGCCAAGGUUAGAGACCAUAUAAUUUAUUCAUCACAGGACUUGUUCUUCCACUUGCACACAUUUCCUUCUGCAUGGUGUCCUACUGUCUAUCUCUGUGGGGUUGUGGGGAAUGGCCACACAUCUCGGUUUCCUCAGACGUCCUCUUUUCCCUCGCUUGUCCUGGAGAUCCUGAAAUGCAGUGGUGCCUGCACUGUUGUUUCGUUAAUGCAGCUGGUUCUUAAUGGCCCAACGAUAUUUACUUAGGUCCUGUGGCCCCACAGGGGAAAAAAUGGCUCUUUUAGCACAAGAAGCCUGAUGGAAAGGGUGGUUUAUGAGAGGAACAAAGUUUUGGGAAGAGAGGAAAAGUCAAAUGAGUGCAAACACCAAAGCUAUUCCCUUGCUUGAAAGGAAUACUAAGAAAACUUGCUCAGUGGGUCAUGAUGAGCUCAUUCAGUCCGUUAGAUUACUGGAAAAAUCUUCCACUUUGAAAAGUAUGCAUGUGUCUGUGUUGAGUCAGAAUCUGGCAGAGCCACUUUAGUACACAUUUUUGUUGUGAAAAAGUCCCUUUUGUCUUUUGUGAACCUGAAAAACUUCUGGCCUGAGUAGGCUUUAUGUUUCAAAGUUUUUUUUGCACAGAAAAUGAAGGUGCUGCACUGUUGCAUUUUGUAGGCAGUGUGGUAUCUCUGGGCCUAAGGUGGGUCGGUUUUCUUACUUGCAAUACUUUUCUCCAGUGUUGCGCAUCCCUUUAUUGCUGUCCAGGCAGCUUUUAUGCAGUGUACAAACAGCGGUGCAUGAAAACAUUGCAGGCGCACUCCUGCACAUGCUCACACGCAGUUCAUGUUUCCAAAAGUUUGCUGUAAGCGUAACAAUUUUUUUUCUGCUGAACUUCUUGGCAUACUUUCAGUGCAAAGCUGGCAGCUUUCGUACAAUGAAUGCAGCCUGAAGUGUGGGGGCUCAGAGAAAAUAAGGAGAUCUGUGACACUGAGAAAACACAGUCACAGACACCACAGCCCUACGCUGGGAUGAGCACAGUAGCUGCAGGGGAGGGGUCAUGGUCAAAUAUGCUAUUUCAAGCAAAAUCUGAGAGGAGGAUGUGUGCUUGGCCACAGGAAGAGCGUUGUCUUAGUCAGAGCAGUUAAUCAUGCAACAUGAAGAGAAGUACGUAUAGCAAGAUUUCUGUUUCCAGCAGUUUUUCCUCCUCUGAAAUGACUUGCAUGUAUUUUUGCCUUGCUAUUUGCAGUAUGGCAGCAUCUGCGCCCGGCCUUAAUGAAGAGCCGGCAGCUCCAGGCGGUGUGAGCCACGCUGCCGUCACCAAGCUAACCUCCCCAUGCCUCUUGCAGGCAGACAGAGACAAGGAGAGAAAAAAAAUGUCCGGUGACGUCAAUGAAGACCACACUCUGCUGGAUAAUAUUACUGUGUGCCUCAACCGCCCACUCCCUUUAAUUUACUAGAAGCUAAGCAAGCUGUUUUGAAACCCAUAGCUUCCAGCGUGUUUACGCUGCUCUCCCUCAACCAAAGGCUACUAAUUGUCAGGAGCUUGAAAGCUACCUGAUGCCUCGUUCAAAGCACUGAAGCAGAGGGGAUUUCCAUGAGUAAUAAUUUCAGUCUGUGCCUGCGCAGCACACUGUAGGCUAGAGUAAAUUGAUCCAGCUGCUUGCAAGGCUGGAUGGAAAAGUGCCCAGGGGGGCCAGAGCACAGCACCAGAUGGAGCUGGAUGUCAUCACGUGGGGCUCCCAGCUGCUGGGCAUGCUCCAGCCUGGCUCCCAGCAGCAGCUCGGCAGGCUGGGCUGCACCGCUCGCAGCGUGUGGUUGGGUCGCCAGUGUGUGUUGCAACAUCCUCUCUUGUGAUGAAGAGGACGAUUUUGGAUUAGCCAGAACUGUUGUCGUCUUUUGCUCAGCUGCAAUCUUCUCUGUGACAACGACUAAAAAAGCUUGCGAGAGGCCAGCUGCCUCCACAAAUAACCAGAACUGGCAGGAUUAACCUGUAACCCGGGGCGGUGUAUACACACAUCCCACCAGCCAGAUGGCAGAGUUCAAAGAUCCACUCACUUCCUGGCCGAGGUUGCACAAGUUAAUUUUUAUCCUUGUUAAAAAGAAGUAAGAAAAUAUAGCAAUAAAAUGUUUGCUGCUUGCUAUCUCUGGUUUUAA